GUAAGCUCAACUAGUAUCAAAAUGGCGUCGUCCGCGUUCGGUCGUGCGCUCGCGCUGGUCGCGCUGUCCUGUUUUACUCGGGCCGAUGACACGUACAAUGUGCCCGAAGUCGCCAUACAAGCGUUCAAGCCUAAGGGCUUCCGGGCUUCCAUACCAGAUGCUCCAGAUCUAGCUCUGUUCGUGUUCCAGGGGAACGUCAACAGAAAAAUCGAGUCCACACAAGUGGGAGAAAUCCAUGGAGAGGUGCUGUCACCCAAGAAUGGGAGGUGGGUAGUGGAACUUCCCGACGUCGCCUUGGCGGUCGGCGAUGUGAUAAACUACCAUGUCUUCGCGUCUGUCAAGAGUACCGGUUACGUGAAGGAUAAACUGACGUUCACUGUCACCCAACUGGAAGACUACGCCCCUCUCGACGGCCCAACGACCCCCAGAAACCCGAACUGUGCGCCGACGCUUACUCGGUUGCGCGGAGGCGUCGCGUGCGCAGGCCAAACCAUCUUUGAAGAGAACUUCGACUCGUUAAGGACAGACAUAUGGCAAGUGCAGUCGUAUGUUCCUGUGGACCAUUCUGAGCAUCCUUUCAUAUCGUACCAACGCUCCGCAGUGUCUGUGCAAAACGGGAACCUCCGUAUCGUCCCAUCACUACAGCAGAACCAGCCAGGAUUCUCAGCUGACAAGAUGCUGGAGUCCUUGGAUUUAUAUAAAGGGUGCACAUCAGAAACCUCAGGCGCCUGCUUCGUCCAAGCUAACGACGGUAGUGGCAUCAUACCACCGGUGGUCAGCGGUCGCAUAACAAGCAAACCAGGGUUUGCUUUCACGUAUGGAACAGUCACUGUGAGAGCCAAAUUACCACAGGGAGACUGGCUGUACCCAGAGAUCUUGCUGGAACCCUUGAUGAAGAAGUUUGUCUUCGGUAGCGUGAACUCUGGAGUUGUGAAGAUUGCGUGUUCAAGAGGCAACAAAGAACUAAAUGUAGGAUACACGAACUAUGGGAAUAAAGUAUUAUACAGUGGGCCAGUCAUCGAUACGACUUGCCAUGACUCAUUGCUAGUCAAGAAGAACUCAAAUGCCUUCUGGGGUGACGGCUUCCACGAUUAUUCUGUCAAAUGGACUCCAGAGCGUCUGAUACUAUCCGUGGACGGACUGGAAUAUGGUCGCGUGGAACCGGCAUCGAACGGGUUACGAGGUCUAUUACCGGCCGGUUGCUCCGCGGUGCAACAAACUGGAAUGGCACCUUUCGAUGAUCACUUCUACAUAACCCUCGGCCUGUCAGCGGGCGGUCACACCGAGUUCCCCGACGGUGCCCUAUCACAGAACAGUCACGAGAAACCCUGGAAGAACCAGGCUUCGAAGGCUCCUCUCAGGUUCUGGAACGAUGUCGACGCGUGGGAACCGACGUGGCGGCAACCAGAGCUACUGGUUGACUAUGUGAAAGUGGUUGCCCUGUGAUUAAGAGUAGUACAAUAAUUAUAUUAUUGCAACAUUAACAUUACCUUACCCUAUGGUCAAGAGAGGGCGACAGUAUAUUAUAAUGUGAAAGGACUAGCAAUGCACAGAAGAGAAUUUUCCGAAAUUGCGAAUAUGCUCAAACUUCAAAUUAAGCGAUCGUCAACUGUUGAGAACAUUGCGCAUCCUAAUUCCAGGAAGGACUAAGAAAAACCUAAGUCUGUUUUUUUGAGUAAGUAAACUAGGCUAGACUUAAUAAAAAUAAAUGUAUUAUUUCUCUACGUGCCAUUUAUAUUUAGUAUAUAAGAGUUGUCAAACCUUCCAAUAAAAGAGAACUUUCGUAUAAUUUGU